UUUUGUUUCUUUUCCUCGAAUUUUGUGUGACAUGUGACAUGGAAAUUUUUCUUGUGUGAAAAUGUGUAGAAAAUACUAAAGAAAAUCUACUGAAUGGUUGUACCACUAAAAAAUAAGGGAAAAAUUGGAAGGAGAACGAAAGGGUCUCAACAUUAUGAUAAUUUACAACAAUCAGCGGAACUAGCUAAACAACAACACAAUAAACAACCUCUAAAGGAUACAACAAACACUAGUCCAGAUACCGGUACUAAACAGACAACACCCAACAAUAAUACCCAACAAGUAAACGGUAUCAACAAUUCAAACAGUAAUACAAUUACAUCAUCAACAAUUACAACAACAACGUCAAAUAAUUUACAACAAUCACGUAACAACAACAAUAAUACGAAUGGUGAAGUUGUGACAGUUGAUUCAUCAACAAACAAUAAUUAUCAUCAACAGAACAAUCAAAGUGGAGGUAGUGGCAGUGGUGGUGCUAAAGAUUCACUACAGUGUUUAGAGACAUUAGCUAAAAAGACUGGUAUCAAUAUUGAUGAAUUUAAAUAUGAUGCUGCCAAUACCUUGUUGAAUUUAGAACGGGGUUACGAUCGUAUUCAUUCGAAUAACAAUCAAAUUAAUUGUAGUCAGGCGCAGCAACAGAUCAAAAUUGAGCAACAUAUUACGACCACAAUGAGUGAUAUUAAGCAACAACAGAUGGUUGACGCAAAUCAACAAGCAGCAGCUCAACAACAACAGCAAUUACAGCAACAAGCUGCGGCUGCUGUACAACAGCAACAGCAACAACAAGCGGCUCAACAGCAAGCCGCUCAUGAUGCUGCUCAACAGCAAGUACAAGCUGCACAGCAGCAAGCUGUACAACAAGCGGCCGCGGCUGCUGGCCAAGCAAUAGUACCAGCUCAAAGCCCACAACAUUUAUCACAAGUAACAGUUGUCUCUUCGGGGGCACAACCUACAAAUAUGGGCCCACCGCAACAGGUGCAAGUUAUACAACAACCAUUACAAAAUCCAACAACAUAUCUGCCUCAACUUUACAACACACAGGGUCAAUUAUUAAUGCAUGGCAAUAUUGCAUUACAUCCUACGGGUAUCAAUACUCCACAACAGAUACAGGUUAUCACAGCAGGUAAACCGUUUCAAGGAAAUCAAUUGGCACCACAUAUGUUAACGACUGCGCAAGGGAAGCAAGUUCUUCAAGCUAGUCAAGGAGCUACGUUUCCCGGCUACACGACAAUUCCAACAAUUCCCACAACACAGAAUCAACAAACGUUAGUAUUUAGUCAAUUAGGAGUCAUUAGUUCGCAACCUAAUAUCCUACCUGCAAAUUCUUCUGGCAAUACAUUACAACAGCAAAAAUCACAAGAAAUGCAUAAAGUAAUGGGCGGACAAAAAAUGGUACAGAAAGUGACAGGAGGUACGCAGGUCACAACUCAACAACAGCAGGGGCAAUGUGUACAAGUAUCACAAGCAAUGCUUAACACGCAACCAACGGCACAAAUUAUUAGUCCAUUACAGGCUGGUGGACAACCAAUGCAAUUUGCACCAUGGCAAUUUGGUAGUGCAUUACCACAAGUAUGGACCACAGGUGGUUUACAAUCCCAAGCGCUUUUAGCACCAAAUCCAAUAUUUAUACGUGGUACACAACCUGAUGGAACUUCUGGAAUGUUCAUUCAACAUAGUCCACAAGCAACCACCACAAUACAAACACAACAUAAUGCAGCGCUUGCUGCUCAGGGUAAUAUGCAACAAAUGGGUAAACCAAGAGCUGGUAUGGAAAAUAUUCAACCGAAACAAUCACGUCCAUUAUCAAAUAUUUUACCAUCGAAUGCGAAUAUACGUCCUGCAAGUUCAGUAUCGACACAAACUGGUGGACAGAUACAAGGACAAGUUAAUAUGAAACAAACCGGUGGUAAAGUACGAACAAAAGGACCAGCAGGUGUUCGAACAUCACCCGCUCCAAAUAAUGCACAAAAAGCUGAUGCCGCAAAUCAAACAAAAGCCACUCAGCAACAACAGCAACAGCAACAACAACAGCAAACAAUGACACAACAUCAAAUUGGUGGUAAUAAUUAUAGGAUGUUAAUCAUGAAUACCCCAACGGGGAUGACAAUGACCCCCGGCUCACCAAUGUCUGCUGAAAAGGCUCAACAAAUUGUUGCACAAAAUAAUAAAGCGAUACAACAGCAACAGCAGCAAUUACAGCAACAACAACAGCAGCAACAAGCAAUGCAACAGCAAAUACAGCAACAGCAACAGCAAAUUGCUAUGCAAAUACAUCAACAGCAACAGCAGCAGGCACAACAACAGCAACAGCAACAACAACAGCAGCAGCAACAGCAGCAACAACAGCAACAACAACAAGCACAGGCGCAGGCGCAAGCACAACAGCUACAUUUUCAACAACAGCAACAACAACAGAGUCAACAACCGCAACAUAUACAGCCGAAACCUAUGAUGAGUAUGGCAAUUUCUGGAAUGCAACAACAGCAACUUCAAGUAUCUGGUGAUAGACCCAUUAUGCCAGUUGUGUCAAUGCCCCAAGCCAUUCCACAACAGCUACAAGCAACAUCGAUACAGCAAACAAUGCAACAAAUUCCAUUACAACCAAAUUUGGCCGUAUCUCAACAGACAAUGUCAAUGCCAAUGCAACAAAUUCAUCCGCAAUUAACGUCAAUGGCAGCGCCUGAUGCAAUACAAAUUGGUCAAAUUCAACCUACCCAACAACUACAAACACAGCCAACUCAAAAUACCGUACCGCCAGUUGCUCAAAGUCCUACACAAAUGCCAACAGCUCAACAACAAGUCAAUCAUGCUUUAACUGCUCCACAACAAAUUGCAACACCAAAUUCCGUAUCACUUAUAGCACCAACGAAUUCAACCCCGUUAACAACACCAACUCAAACAACACUAACACAAGCAGCGCCAGUUGUAUUAGCAACGUCACAACAAAUUACCCAACCACAAAAUGUGGUUACACCACAAGUACAAACUCCUGCCACACAAUUACCCGUACAACAAGCGACUGCAACUCAAGUAGCACCUGCUGUGGCUAUGACACAACCAAUGCCUGCUAUUGAAGUAAAACCAGAAUCAGCGAUUACAGAAACAUUGUCAUCGUCAACAACCGGUGUUGAUACAAAAGAAGAUAUCAAACCAGUACUAAAUACCACAAUUGAAUCAACGACGCCAAUACUGCCCGUCCAAUUACCUCAACAACAAUCAGCGACCGUUGCGCCACUACCUGCAGCCGGCCAAACUCUUCCUGCUCCAAUAACAAACGGUACACUAACUACAACACCUCUUGUGGGUGAUACUGCAAUAACAAAUGGUGGAACUAGUAUUGCAAUAGCAGCACCCACUGUUCAACCAACGACACAACCUCCACAAACAACCUUACCCACGAUAGAGGAUGCAAAAGAAAAAGCACCACCGCCAAAAGCAAUGGUUAAACCACAGGUAUUAACACAUGUGAUAGAAGAUUUUGUUAUACAAGAGUCGUCAGAACCAUUCCCUGUAUCACGACCGGGUGUUACAAAUGAUUUGAAAACAAGUCAUGCAAAUGAUAAAGAUUUAUCAGACGAACCUCCACGUAAAAAGCAUGCUGGCAAUAAUAACUUGUAUCCAAAAGGUGAUAUGGCUAAAUGUGAAUUAUGUGGAACAAUUGAUUUACGAGCGAAGUUCAAGAAGAAUAAACGAUUUUGUUCGAUGGCUUGUGCGAAAGGACAAAAAUCGAAUAAAAAUGACAAGAACAAAGAUGGAAAACUGUGGAAUAAUUCUGGUAAAGAUGAGAAUAUGGAUGUAGAUGAUUCAACGGCAUCUGGUGCUGAAAGUAGUUUAUCACCGUCUGAAGCUCCUGAUGCGCCACAAGAUACUGAAGAUAGUACGGGAAGCGAUCUUACGCCAAGAGUUAAUCCACUUGAAUGGACGGUAACGGAUGUAUGUAAUUUCAUAAAAAAUUUACCAGGAUGUUCCGAUUAUGUGGAUGAUUUCCAUUUACAAGAAAUCGAUGGUCAAGCGUUAAUGUUAUUGAAAGAAGACCAUUUAAUGAAUGCAAUGGGUAUGAAAUUAGGACCCGCAUUAAAAAUCGUAGCGAAAAUCGAUGAUAUGCGUAUUGAUAAGGAACAACCAAAACAAUAG